AAAUGUCUGUACCAGUAAUGGAAACUACUGGAAACUUGUUCCUAUCAGUCGACUCAAAUCAGAUGAAUACACGUCGAUUGUAAAGUUGUAUAACAAACAUUUCAUCAGUUUGACUACAUUUGUCACGUGACCCUGACAGGUCAGUUGUAUAAGCCCUGCUCUAUAAAUGCGGCAGGCUGGUGCUUUGGGGCAACAGAUCGAUCUAUCCUUAGAGCAGAGAGCAAGGAACACUGACAGCCAGAUGAUAACUAUUUGUAAUAUUCUGGUGUGCCAGAUCUGACGGAUUUCAGCAGCAUGAGUGGCAUAUUCACAGCAGUUAAGACAGCCUUCACAUCCAAAGGUCUAGAAACCCCAAAGUACAAGGUUAACGAGGAUGCCAAACAUGAGGGUUUCGAGGAGCGUCGCUACGAGGCGUGCAAGUGGGUGAGCACCAAGGUAAUGGCCAUGACGUACAAGGAAGGCUCCAGCGCAGGUUUCAGGAACCUCUUCAAUUACAUCAGUGGAGACAAUGAACCAAAACAGAAAGUGGAGAUGACGGCGCCAGUGGCCACCCAGGUUGUGCCGGGGGCGGGUCCCAACUGUGAGAACACCUUCACCGUCUCCUUCUACAUCCCCCCUGAACACCAGGCUGACCCCCCAAAACCCACAAACCCAGACGUCUUCAUCAGCGACUGGCCGGAGGUCAAGUUGGCAGUCAAAUCUUUCAGUGGUAUUGCUGAGGAGAAAGACUGGAUCAACAAAGGGGAGAGAACUCGCCGAAGACCUUGACAAAACGGACUUGAAGAACAAGUUUGUAAAGGAAUAUUACUUCACAGCAGGUUACGACAGCCCAUUCAAACUCUUCGGACGCCAU